CCCACACCAAUGGCUCACUCAUUGUCCAGCGUCGUCGCGGCGCUGUGCCUGACGCUCGGCGGCGCGUUCGGCCCGUUCGCGAAGUGCGACGGGACGUGCUACGAGAACCGCUGUGACAACUGCAUGGACGCCCCUCCCGCCAACUGCCCGCCAAGUCCGCUUUGUCCUUCUCCAACGAUUUGUCCGCGGUUCUACAAGAUCACCGAUAAGGGCACUUUCGCGUGCUUCCCGGAAGACGGUAAGGCGUGCGGCUCAUGUUCCCGCGUCGGGGACCAGGGCUACCUCUUCGAGCAGUUCAGCUUUCCGAACCCGUGGCAGACCUGCGUGAUAGACCCGUUCUCGUCUAUCGACCCGUACCGGCCGCAGCAGUAUUGGAUCUUCGACGCGGAUCCGGACACGAAGGUCGUCCACUACAGAUACUACACGGACCCGGACUGCACGAUCCCGGAUCUGACGCACGCCUUAGACGACCCGUACGCCACGGGGCCCUGCGUGCCGAUGAAGGAUUGCACCUUCGAGCCCGAUUGCUUCUGCCUCUCGCAUCUGACGAGCUUUCUCUAG